AGCAGUUGUUAGGCUAAUGCUGCCUGGCAGACAGGUAUCGGUGUUUUGUCCGCUAACCCUAUGACCGUUUAGCCAAAUAAAGAGAAAAUAAUACAUUUUGUCUCAUAGUAAUGCUGUAGCAACGUUUGUGUUGCUUACUGUGAAACUUAUUUCGUGUUAUUAGCUCUCCCAGCAGGUUAGUGUUCGGUUAGCUAGCAAGGGAGCUAACGACAACGUCAGAAGAAAUUCAGCAACAAACGCAGCGGUCAGUGGACAAAAAAGGUGCAGCAGCUGUCAGCUGUCAGUGUCUGCGGAAUAUUAACCACCAGAAAUACCAGAAUGAAUGUCGCUAAAAGUGGUUAUCGCGUCUUUUCUGCAAAUUCCUCCGUAGCUUGCACAGAAUUGGCCAAGAAGAUAACAGAGCGGCUGGGAGUUGAACUGGGGAAGUCAGUGGUUUUUCAAGAAUCUAACAGAGAGACGAGAGUUGAUGUAAAAGAAUCGGUUCGCGGUCAAACUAUCUUCAUCAUCCAGACUAUACCAAGAGAUGUCAACACAGCCAUCAUGGAGCUGCUGGUUAUGGCCUACGCCCUCAAGACCUCUUGUGCAAAGAACAUCAUUGGAGUUAUUCCUUAUUUCCCCUACAGCAAGCAGUGCAAGAUGAGAAAGAGGGGUUCAAUAGUGUGCAAGUUGUUAGCUUCAAUGUUGGCUAAAGCAGGGCUAACACACAUCAUCACCAUGGAUUUACAUCAGAAAGAGAUUCAGGGCUUCUUUAGCUUUCCGGUGGACAACUUGCGUGCCUCCCCUUUCUUGAUUCAGUACAUCCAAGAAGAGAUUCCUGAUUACAGAAAUGCAAUCAUUGUGUCAAAGUCCCCAUCAGCAGCCAAGAGAGCUCAGUCCUAUGCAGAACGUCUGCGUUUGGGUCUGGCUGUGAUUCAUGGCGAGGCUCAGUGUUCAGAGUCUGACAUGGCCGAUGGAAGACACUCCCCACCGUGUGUACGCAACACCACAGGACACACAGGACUGGAGUUACCCUCAGGCAAACAACAAGCUCCGUUCCCCGGCAUAGAGCUUCCAAUAAUGAUGGCCAAGGAGAAACCUCCUAUUACUGUAGUGGGAGACGUGGGAGGGAGAAUUGCCAUCAUUGUGGAUGACAUUAUAGAUGAUGUUGGAGACUUUGUUGCAGCUGCCGAGAUCCUGAAAGAGAGAGGAGCUUAUAAAAUUUACAUCAUGGCCACACACGGCUUGCUGUCUGCUGAUGCCCCGCGCCUCAUAGAGGAGUCUGCCAUUGAUGAGGUGGUGGUGACCAACACUGUCCCCCAUGAAGUGCAGAAGCUACAGUGUCCAAAAAUCAAGACUGUGGAUGUCAGCAUGAUACUGGCUGAAGCCAUCCGUCGCAUCCACAAUGGCGAGUCCAUGGCCUACUUGUUCCGCAACAUCACCGUGGACGACUAGAGAAGUGAAGUAUAAAUGAGUGAGGGCUUAAAGUGACUGAGGGCAGGUGCGCUUCUACUCCUUCCUGCCCAUUGUUGUGUAAAAACAUGCUAACGUCAUUUUCCAUGUGUUGUGCAUGUCAGGAUUACAUGUAUCUUAAUUCAUUUAAAGAAACUGAAAUUCUAAGAGUCACCCAAAGUUAUUUAACAUCUUACCAAAAGCUGUAAAACUUUAUUUAUUUUAAAGUGAGAAAAAGCAUCUUGUUCUUGUUGAAAAAGAAUUAUAAAAUGGCAAACAAGUGACUGAGCUGUGAUGCAUUCAUUAAUAUUUUGAAGCCUCAGUUCUUUCUUUGUCUUGCUGCUCUCAUUGAUUUUCCAACUAGAGCAAAAGAUGCUUUUUAUUUAAAAAAAAAAAAAGCUAUUUUGUCAUACACUGUGGUACCUCAUAUGACUGAGCUUCAGUUGCAAAGAAGAGGAAAAUGCCUCCAGUAACAAUUUUGGGCUUUACUUGUUAGUUUCCUGGCACUCUUGCUGGCCCUCGUGAUCAGGGCUGCUUAGCACUGUGACUUUCAUGCAUGUAAUGGGGUGUGUUGUUUCCAACCACAUAAAUAAGUCAGGACAAACUCCUGCUUAUCGGUGCCCAAACUUUUCUUUUUUUUUAUGCAGCUUUUUUGCACCAUUAGGGGGAAUGUUUGGAUGUUUGGUAGGAUUUGCUGUGUGGUGUGAGACGUUUUACAACAUCUGCAAAAAUAAAUGGGUUGUCAUUUUAAAUUGAAUAUUCUAGAAGAUCAAUUCAAUUAAAUAUGACAAAACAUAUUUUUCGCUUAUCCUGAGUAGUACUGUAUCUAAUCCUAAUUAGGAAUCCUAAUUCCUAAUGAAACUACUCACUUUGAGGCCUGUGAGUUAUCUUGAGUAACUGGGACAGUGUUUAUGGGAAGAAACAUUACUGUUCAGUUUUUCAAACCAAAUGUUUAAAUGGUUUAAACAUCACAAAUAAAUGUUAGGUCAUCUCCAUUAUAUUGCAAAAGCAUAACAGGUUUUCUUUUCUGUUUUUUUAUUUGUAUGAACUGACCCUUUAAUAUUUGAGCACUCUUUUGCAACUAACUAGAGCAAUGCUGUUCUUAUUUAACGGGCUGAUGGUAACUGUUGUGUGACAGUGAAAUAACAUUUAAGAUGAAUAACAAAGUAUACAGCUAAAAGAAGGAUCAUCUGGAUUUCGACAUGUUUUGGUCAAUUUACUUCAUAUGACAAAUAUUCAGCAUUACUGCUGACUGUUUCUCAAAGCAGCGCAUCAUCAACCAACAGGAAGUUUUUGGUUUUGUUUGAGUUACAGUAUUGCUGUGUGAUGAUGUGACAUAAUGUCUGCUGGUCUGCUAGUCUGGAGGACUAUACCAAUAAAGGUUAUUAUUACAUUACCUCCGGGAUAUUGUCCAUGUUGGAACAGUUCUUAGUUGGAAGUUACCCAAAUUAUACUAACAUUAGUCUAAGUAAUUAGUUUUAUAUGCAAGCAGCAGUCAUUGUUUGUCCUCUAAAUUUGAAGGUUAAAUAGCGUGAGUCAUGAAUCAGUGAAUGUUAACAACCAGCUUUGAAGUCUUCAGCGUCAGUUUUACACCAGCACAUGAUCCAUGCUUUCAGGAGCAUUUCCCUGCGAUAACUUAAAUAGUUCUUAAGCCAUGCUAGUAGUGUGGCUCUAGGUAUGGUCUCUCUUUCUGUACAUAAUUAGCUAUUUGAUGGAUUGCUAUUGACAUUUUGUAGAUGCAUUCAUAAUUCCCAGUCGAGGUUCAUCUAUUUAUCCAAUACUUUGAUGACCAUGUUCAAGUCCAAGUUGAUGACCAAAUACCUGGGAAAUUAAUGACAUUCAAUUGUUCAAUACAUGUAAACUAGCCUCAACUGUACUUUGAGUUUAUUGGUAAUUGCUGAAACAAAUGUUAGCAUGCUAACAUGCUUAAAUAAGAAGGUGCAUACUGGUGAUGGAAGAUCAACAUACAUGUUAGUAUACUGACGAUAGCAUUUAGCACAAAGCCCUUAGCUUAAGUACAGCCUUACAGAGCUGUUAUCAUGGCUGUAGACUAUUAACAUUUUAAUACUGCACUAAAGUGAACGGAAACCAUAGGCUGCCAAGAAUAUAAGAUGUGCACAGAAAAACUAACAAUAGCUAGCAUUAACAGAGAAUAUGUGUGGUUUAUAGUAAAUUGGCAAAAACACCACUAUGGUCUUGAUGUUCUGUAAUUUGCUAUGAUGAUAUGCUAUAACAUUGAAUAUGUGCACCUUUUUGAGCUGUUGGAGUAGAUUUCAGAGUGAUGCUCUAGAUGAUAUUAGUGUAUUUCUAUGCUCAUUGAGUCUUUUGCUCAGGGAAAUAUACUUAACUACAAGCCAAUGCACAAAUGUGUUCUUGUGUCGUUGAUAGCGUGUUACUGUUUCACAGGUUGAAAAACAUUUGUCAAGAAUGUCUUUCAUACAGCAAUUCUUUGCUUUUGACUAUUUCUUUAGUUUAGUUAUAGAGACUGGAUGUGUCCAGUGAUCUGCUAAUAUGUGACAGCCAAUAGCACAUGCUGGUGUUGGCAGAAAGUUGCAGGUUGUCUGUAUGAAAUGCUGUUGCUAUGCCAGCUUGGAUCAUAUCUGUCAUCCGAGUAUGACAUGAUGUCCUCUCUGUCUUCACUCUUCCCCUCACUCAUCUCUCAGAUGCUGGGGACUUGCAAUUUAAAAAGUGACACCCCUUUGUCUGACUCAACAGUGUUUGUCAAUGUGUAUGAAAAUAAAGGAAUGAUAUUACUUUGCCUUGUUGGCUGAACUGAAAAGACUUAGUCCACUUUGUAUGCACAGUUAUUAACUUUAAUACUGGAAUAUCAGGUUCAAAUAGGAUUUCUACCAAGUGUAUCCUAAACAGGUGUGGUAUCUGACAUAAAAUAUAUAGUACAUCAGCUCAAACAAACACACAAAAAACCUCCAUGAAUAUACAAUCAAUUAAUAUAUGAACUCUAAAUUAAUAUACAAGUUCUGUGCAGAUAUUUAAUGAAUACAGCUGAAAAGUUGUUAAUAAAUGCCUGAAAUUAGGUCCAUAAAAACAUAACAAAAAUCAAAAUGCAUGUGAGAAAGCCUACCUCAAGCCUUGGUAUUGUAGUUGAUUUUGUUUA